AUGCCACCCCUCUCCCUAACCCCCCUCACAACCCUCCGCCUCACAACGCACCAAAUCCCCACCCACGCCCUCCUCCCCAACACAACCCCCCACGCCCACCCCCUAACAAUCUACCACUCAGCCUUCCCCCCCACCACCUCCCCCUCAACCCUAGAAUCCCACCUGCGCACCAACGCCCUCUCCCCGCAAUGGCGCUACACAAUGUACACCACAACACACUACCACAGCACGACCCACGAAGUACUCUGCGUCUUCCGCGGGCGCGCACAGCUUCUUUUCGGCGGUGAGGCGAACCCGGGGCGCGUGGAAGUCGAGGUCAAGGCUGGGGAUGCGGUGGUGGUUCCUGCGGGUGUGGCGCAUCGGUUGGUCAGGGAUGUUGAGGGCGGGUUUGAGAUGGUGGGCGCGUAUCCUAAGGGGUGUAGCUGGGAUAUGUGUUAUGGGAAGGAGGGCGAGGAGGGGAAUGCGCAGGCUGUGGGGAGGGUGGGGUGGUUGGAGAGGGAUCCUUUGUAUGGGAAGGAUGGGCCGGUGUUGUGGAGUGGGGAGAGGUUGAAGAAGAGGGCUGAGGAGAUGGAUGGAACGGAGAAUUGA